AGAACAGGCCCAUGUUUCACACAGGUUAACAACCAGAUGUGUCAGGGCCAGCUAACUGGAAUUGUUUGCACAAAAACCCUCUGUUGUGCAACCAUUGGGCGUGCCUGGGGUCACCCCUGUGAAAUGUGCCCUGCUCAGCCUCAGCCAUGCCGUCGUGGCUUCAUCCCUAAUAUUCGCACCGGAGCAUGUCAAGAUGUUGAUGAAUGCCAGGCUGUCCCUGGAGUCUGCCAAAGAGGAAACUGUAUUAAUACAGUAGGUUCGUAUGAGUGCAAGUGUCCUGCUGGUCACAAACAGAAUGAGGCAACUCAAAAAUGCGAUGAUAUUGACGAAUGCAGCAUCAUCUCAGGAAUUUGCGAAGGUGGUGAAUGCUCUAACACUGUGGGAGGUUAUUUCUGCAUCUGCCCACAGGGUUAUGUCUCAUCUGCAGAUGGCUCCCACUGUAUUGCUCAGAGGGCAAGUACAUGUUUCUCCAACAUAAUGAAUGGCCGCUGUACCCAGGAGCUUGCUGGUAGGUUCACCAAAAGGCAAUGCUGCUGUGAGUCUGGCCAGUGCUGGGCCAUCAGGUCAGUUCCAGAGAUGUGUCCUGUCAGAGGAUCUGAUGAACACCGCAGACUUUGUGUGGAUGGUGCUUCUACUGGAGGUGGUUCCAGAGGUGGUGGGACAGGAGGGAAUGAGUUCCUUCCUGGUGGCAAUGGCAAUGGCUACAGCCCAGGAGGAGCAGGAUUCAUUCCCAUCCCUGGAAGCAAUGGUUUCUCCCCAGGUGUAGGUGGAGCAGGGGUAGGGACAGGUGGUCAAAGUCCCACUGGAAAUGGCCCAGUAAUUACAGGGCUAACAAUACUCAAUCAGACAAUAGACAUCUGUAAACACCAUCCCAACCUUUGUUUAAAUGGACGUUGUAUACCAACCCUGUCUAGUUACCGAUGUGAAUGCAACAUGGGAUAUAAACCGGAUGCAAAUGGGGAUUGUAUUGAUGUUGAUGAAUGCACAUCAAACCCAUGCUCUAAUGGAGACUGUGUCAACACACCUGGUUCCUAUUACUGCAAGUGCCAUGCAGGCUUCCAGAGAACUCCUACCAAACAAGCUUGCAUUGAUAUAGACGAAUGCAUCCAGAAUGGUGUUCUUUGUAAAAAUGGCCGAUGUGUAAACACUGAUGGAAGUUUCCAGUGUAUUUGCAAUGCUGGGUUUGAACUGACUACAGAUGGAAAAAAUUGUGUGGACCAUGAUGAGUGCACUGCUACAAACAUGUGUUUAAAUGGGAUGUGCAUAAAUGAAGAUGGGAGUUUUAAAUGCAUCUGCAAACCAGGAUUUAUUCUGGCUCCAAAUGGUCGUUACUGUACUGAUAUUGAUGAAUGUCAGACAUCGGGAAUUUGCAUGAAUGGUCAUUGCAUAAAUACUGAAGGAUCCUUUCGGUGUGAGUGUCCACCUGGCUUGGCUGUUGGGGUUGAUGGUCGUGUGUGUGUAGAUACUCAUAUGCGUAGCACGUGCUACGGAGGCAUCAAAAGAGGAGUGUGUGUCCGUCCUUUCCCUGGUGCUGUGACAAAGUCUGAAUGUUGCUGUGCCAAUCCUGACUAUGGUUUUGGAGAGCCGUGUCACCCCUGCCCUGCUAAAAACUCGGCUGAAUUCCAUGGCCUGUGUAGCAGUGGAAUAGGUAUUACUGUGGAUGGACGAGAUAUUAAUGAAUGUGCAUUGGAUCCUGAUAUUUGCUCCAAUGGAAUUUGUGAAAACUUACGUGGCAGCUAUCGUUGUAACUGUAACAGUGGCUAUGAGCCUGAUCCUUCUGGAAGGAAUUGUGUGGACAUCGAUGAAUGUUCAGUGAACAGGCUGCUGUGUGAUAAUGGGCUCUGUCGAAACACCCCUGGAAGUUACAGCUGCACUUGUCCAAAGGGUUAUGUGUUCAGCGCUGAGACAGACACAUGUGAAGAUAUAAAUGAAUGUGAAAGCAGCCCAUGUGUCAAUGGUGCCUGCAGGAACAAUCUUGGAUCUUUCAGUUGUGAAUGUUCACCUGGCAGCAAGUUGGACCCUACAGGACUGAUAUGUAUUGAUAGCCUGAAGGGGACUUGCUGGCUUAACAUCCAAGACAGUCGCUGUGAAGUCAACAUCAAUGGUGCUACACUGAAAUCUGAAUGCUGUGCUACCUUAGGAGCAGCUUGGGGCAGCCCAUGUGAGCGAUGUGAAUUAGACACGGCUUGCUCAAGAGGAUUUGCCAGAGUGAAGGGUCUUACCUGUGAAGAUGUAAAUGAGUGCGAUGUUUUCCCGGGGGUUUGUCCCAACGGGCGGUGCAUUAACAGCAGAGGCUCAUUCCACUGUGAGUGCCCUGAAGGACUGACACUGGAUGGAACAGGGCGAGUGUGUUUAGAUAUUCGCAUGGAGCAAUGCUACCUGAAAUGGGAUGAAGAUGAGUGCAUUCAGUCUGUGCCUGGCAAGUUUCGUAUGGAUGCCUGCUGCUGUGCUGUGGGGGCUGCCUGGGGCUCCGACUGCGAGGAGUGUCCUAAGCCUGACACCAAGGAAUAUGAGGCUCUGUGCCCCAGAGGUCCUGGCUUUUCCAACAGGGGAGAUAUUCUAACUGGCAGGCCAUUUUAUAAAGAUAUUAAUGAAUGUAAAGUGUUCCCUGGUAUGUGCAUAAAUGGUAAAUGCAGAAACACAAUUGGAAGUUUCAAAUGUAGAUGUAACAGUGGGUUUACUUUAGAUAUGGAGGAAAGAAACUGUACAGAUAUUGAUGAGUGCCGGAUCUCCCCAGACUUAUGUGGAAGUGGUACUUGUGUCAACACUCCUGGAAGCUUUGAGUGUGAGUGCUUUGAUGGUUACGAAAGUGGAUUUAUGAUGAUGAAGAACUGUAUGGAUAUUGAUGAAUGUGAACGCAACCCUCUGCUGUGUAGAGGUGGCACAUGUGUGAACACCGAAGGGAGUUUUCAGUGUGACUGUCCUUUGGGACAUGAGCUGUCACCAUCACGUGAGGAAUGCAUAGAUGUAAAUGAGUGCUCGUUAAGUGACAAUCUCUGCAGAAGUGGCAAGUGUGUGAACAUGGUUGGAACAUACCAGUGUUCGUGUAACUCUGGGUACCAGGCUACUCCUGACAGACAAGGCUGCAUAGAUAUUGAUGAAUGUAUGAUAAUGAAUGGAGGCUGUGACACCCACUGCACUAACUCAGAAGGCAGCUAUGAAUGUAGCUGCAGUGAUGGCUAUGCUCUCAUGCCAGAUGUCAGGACAUGUGCAGAUAUUGAUGAAUGUGAAAACAAUCCAGAUAUCUGUGAUGGUGGGCAAUGUACUAAUAUUCCAGGGGAAUAUCGCUGUCUCUGUUAUGAUGGAUUUAUGGCUUCUAUGGACAUGAAAACUUGUAUUGAUGUGAAUGAAUGUGAUUUGAAUUCCAACAUCUGUAUGUUUGGGGAGUGUGAAAAUACUAAAGGCUCCUUCAUUUGUCAUUGUCAGUUAGGAUAUUCAGUCAAGAAAGGAACCACUGGAUGCACAGAUGUGGAUGAGUGCGAAAUUGGUGCUCACAACUGUGACAUGCAUGCCUCAUGUGUCAAUGUACCAGGAAGUUUUAAAUGUAGUUGCAGAGAAGGAUGGGUUGGAAAUGGCAUUAAGUGUAUUGAUCUUGAUGAAUGCUCCAAUGGGACCCACCAGUGCAGUGUGAACGCUCAGUGUGUGAACACCCCAGGGUCAUACCGCUGUGCCUGUGCAGAGGGAUUCACUGGGGAUGGAUUUACUUGUUCUGAUGUUGAUGAGUGUGCAGAAAAUGUUAAUCUGUGUGAAAAUGGACAGUGUCUGAAUGUCCCUGGUGCCUACCGUUGUGAGUGUGAGAUGGGAUUCACUCCCGCCUCAGACAGCAAGUCAUGCCAAGAUAUCGAUGAAUGUGCCUUCCAGAACAUAUGUGUAUUUGGUACCUGUAAUAAUCUACUGGGAAUGUUUCAUUGUAUCUGUGAUGAUGGCUACGAACUAGAUCGAACCGGGGGAAACUGUACAGAUAUCGAUGAAUGUGCCGAUCCCAUUAAUUGUGUUAAUGGUCUUUGUGUAAAUACUCCCGGAAGGUAUGAGUGUAAUUGCCCUCCAGAUUUCCAGCUGAAUCCUACCGGAGUGGGUUGUGUGGAUAACCGUGUUGGCAAUUGCUACCUGAAGUAUGGACCACGUGGGGAUGGGAGCUUGUCCUGCAACACUGAAAUUGGGGUUGGAGUCGGUCGUUCCUCAUGCUGCUGCUCUCUGGGAAAGGCUUGGGGAAACCCUUGUGAGACGUGUCCCCCUGUAAACAGUACGGAAUAUAAUACUCUCUGUCCAGGGGGAGAAGGAUUCAGACCAAAUCCCAUCACUAUUAUUUUAGAAGACAUUGAUGAAUGUCAGGAACUGCCGGGUCUCUGCCAAGGUGGAAAUUGCAUCAAUACUUUUGGCAGCUUCCAGUGUGAAUGUCCGAAAGGCUACUACCUCAGCGAAGAGACAAGAAUCUGUGAAGAUAUUGACGAGUGUGUUGCACAUCCUGGUGUCUGUGGUCCUGGCACCUGCUACAAUACUUUGGGGAACUACACCUGCAUUUGCCCACCUGAAUAUAUGCAGGUGAACGGAGGACAUAACUGCAUGGACAUGAGGAAAAGCUUUUGCUACAGAAGCUAUAAUGGAACCUCCUGUGAGAAUGAACUGCCCUUCAACGUGACCAAAAGGAUGUGUUGCUGCACAUAUAAUGUUGGGAAAGCCUGGAACAAACCUUGUGAACCAUGUCCAACUCCAGGAACAGCUGAAUUCAAGAACAUAUGUGGGAACAUUCCUGGCUUCACUUUUGACAUUCAUACUGGAAAAGCUGUUGACAUUGAUGAAUGCAAGGAAAUCCCAGGAAUCUGUGCAAAUGGUGUUUGCAUCAAUCAGAUUGGCAGCUUCCGCUGUGAAUGCCCCACUGGAUUCAGCUACAAUGACCUACUCUUGGUCUGUGAAGAUAUUGAUGAGUGUGGCAAUGGAGACAAUCUCUGUCAGAGAAAUGCAGACUGUAUCAACAGUCCUGGUAGUUACCGCUGUGAAUGUGCUGCUGGUUUUAAACUCUCACCCAACGGUGCCUGUGUUGAUCGCAAUGAAUGUCUGGAAAUUCUUAAUGUUUGCAGUCAUGGUUUAUGUGUAGACAUGCAAGGAAGUUACCAGUGCAUAUGUCACAAUGGUUUUAAGGCAUCCCAAGACCAGACUAUGUGCAUGGAUGUUGAUGAAUGUGAACGCCAUCCAUGUGGAAAUGGAACCUGUAAAAACACAGUUGGAUCAUAUAACUGCCUAUGUUAUCCAGGAUUUGAAUUAACUCAUAAUAAUGAUUGUAUGGAUAUCGAUGAAUGCAGUUCCUUCUUUGGUCAGGUGUGCAGAAACGGACAGUGUUUCAAUGAAAUUGGUUCCUUCAAGUGUUUAUGUAAUGAAGGAUAUGAACUUACUCUAGAUGGCAAGAAUUGCAUUGAUACUAACGAGUGUGUGGCACUACCGGGUUCAUGCUCUCCUGGUACCUGUCAAAAUUUGGAAGGAUCAUUCAGAUGCAUCUGUCCACCAGGGUAUGAAGUAAAAAGUGAAAGUUGUAUGGAUAUUAAUGAGUGUAAUGAGGAUCCCAACAUCUGUCUCUUUGGCUCUUGUACGAACACUCCAGGAGGUUUCCAGUGCAUCUGUCCUACAGGUUUUGUGCUGUCUGAUAAUGGACGGAGAUGUUUUGAUACUCGCCAGAGCUUCUGUUUCACCAACUUUGAGAAUGGGAAAUGCUCGGUGCCAAAGGCUUUCAACACCACAAAGGCAAAGUGUUGCUGCAGUAAAAUGCCAGGAGAAGGAUGGGGCGAUCCUUGUGAGCUCUGUCCAAAGGAAGAAGAAGUUGCUUUUCAGGACCUGUGUCCAUAUGGUCAUGGAACUAUUCCUGGAAUUGAUGAUACACGUGAAGAUGUGAAUGAAUGCCUUGAAAGCCCAGGGAUUUGCUCAAACGGUCACUGCAUCAAUACUGAUGCAUCGUUCCGCUGUGAGUGCCCCAUGGGAUACAACUUGGAUUACACUGGAGUACAUUGCAUUGAUACUGAUGAAUGUUCAAUUGGCAACCCAUGUGGAAAUGGUACGUGCACUAACGUGAUUGGCAGUUUUGAGUGCAACUGUCAUGAAGGAUUUGAGCCAGGUCCAAUGAUGAAUUGUGAAG